CGAGGAUUCCCCCCCCCACCUCCCAGCGUAUCGUAACGUCUCAAGCGCUUGGCAAACCGUGAAUGCUUGACAAUCCUAGACUGGGGCCGCAAAAUGGAUCAUACAAGCUCACUUGUGUCUGCAUGGACCGCAAUGGAACAACCCCAUACUUGCCCAAGAGAGUCUCCUCAUGGGGCUCAUAAAGUUAAAGUAUCUCAGGUUGAGGGUGAACAGACCAGUGAUAGGCUUGUGAACAACGGAGACCUGAGCUGUGCCCUUCGGGACCCCGAGCAGAGUCUGUUCAAUUCCGUCCGUCAGCUGCACUUCAAGACCAGCCUGCUGGAGAUGGUUGAGGAGCUGAGAAUGCGGAGGGAAUCCGAGCAUCACUUUGAGGAGAAAUUCAAUCAAAUGAUUACAGAGAAGCAAGAAUUAGAGUGGCAAAAGGAGACACUGGCCAGUAAACGUGAAAGUUUGUUGACAGAGCAUUUGGAGGAAAUCUCAAAAAUAAACAAGCAGUUUAAAUCAAAGCUCGAGAGCCUGGAGGCAGAGAAGAACAAAUUUCAGUUCUUGUCUGAAGCUGCAGAGAGAGAGGUCAACAUCCUGAAAGAUAAAAUUAAGGCACAAAAUUUAUCUGUGCAUUCUUUGGAAAAGAGGCUUGCUGACCAGGAUCAAAAGCUUCAACUUCAUAUGCUUGGCAGAGAAAGGGUGGUCAGUCAGUUAUCAGAGGUUGUAAACUUACAUUCCAGCAUCAGCAAACAGUGUGAGACCUACAGACAAACACAGGAUAUGCUGGAAAGGAAUGUCCAAGAGUCCUUGAAAUUAAACAAAAAACUGCUGUACACCAACAAGCAUCAAGGAUGCAUAGAGGAGGGGCUCAAGCAGAAACUGCAACAGGUAUCUGCGGAAUUGCUGCAGUUAAAGAUUGACAUUCGGACGAAGAUGGAGGAGAAAAAGCGGGAGGUGAUUCAAAGGCACCACAAACUGGAAGAGGCACAGCUUCAGAUACAGAAGGAGAUGGAUCUAGGGAAACUUUUAUCACAAACGAUAACAGCAUUACGACAGGAAAAACAGGAAACGAACAAAGCACUUGAAGAAUCACAAAGGCUCGUUGAGCGACAAAGUGUGCAUGUGAACAGGACUAAAGAAGACAAUGUUGCACUUUUACAAGAAAACCAGGCUUUAAAGGGUGACAACGAAAAACUAAACGGACACAUGAUGGAGAAAGAUGAAAAUUGCAAGAGUAUAAAAGGACGCUUUGAAAACACAAAAAUCACCCUUGAAGAAGAGAAUAGGAAACAGCAACUCAAGCUUGAGUCAUUGCAAUUGAAGUAUGAUAGUCUGCAAUGCAGCUUUCAGGAAAUAGAGGAGAGUAACUGUAAGUUCAAAUCACAAGUAAGAGAGCAGGAAGGAAAGAUUCAAGGCCUGCAGCAUUCAUUUAACUACCAAGGAGAUGAAAAACAUAUGAUUGAAAGUUUGGAGAGCAAUCUUGCAGACAGAGAGUUGGAGAUACAUGCAUUCUGCAAAACAAACAAAGAAUACUCAUCAAAGGGAACGCAGUCUGAAAACCAAAUCCCGUGCACUGUUAGUGACACAAUAAAAAUUACUGACGAUGAGGUUUUGAAAAACACUGACAUUUUAAUUGAAGAGCAGAAAGAAUCGGAACCACGUGUAAAUGACGUUUCCUGCGCAGACGCUUGCGUUACAAGCGACAAUCCAUCAGACGCAAGUGCUGUGCUGCGUGCAAGUCCUCAGGUUUCUGACGCUCAGGAAGAGAAAACAGAAACUCAAAGCCAUGUAAUUAAAGAUUGCAUUGCAAUAACAAACAUGGAAACAGAAAGACAUUUGAAUCUGCUCGCUCCUGAAAAACAAUUCAUGGCAGACAUCUGUGAGGUCACAAAAGAGGCUGAGUUACUAAAUUUGUUGUUGCAAAAUACUCCAGUAAUUAAUAGUUCCGAGAAUUUACGUCAGCAAAAUGUUUCAAACUUGCAAACUAAUCCCACUGUUAGCAAACAUAGUGUCGCAAUGCCAGAAUCUAAAGAAAAAAGUGCUUUAUCGUCGGAAGAACAACACGAAAACGAUAAUGUUAUAGUUUCUCAUGAGAUAAGUGAGCAGGGAGUAUUAAGUGAAAAAAACAAUGCAGAUCGAACCGCUAACAUUGAUAUCCAGCUAAUUUCAGCAGAAGCCAGCUCUAGGCUUGCAACUGUUGAGAUUGCUGACAAUGUAAUCGAGAACUCCACGGUUCCCCAUAGGGCCCCGGACUGUGUUUCUGAUGCACUUCCUUUAUUAACGACAUCGGCCAAUGAGGUGAUAGAGAGUUUUACGUCAGUUUCUGAAGGAAUCAGCAACCAACUUGUAACCGGCCACGAAGAAAGUUCUACCAGUGUCGAGUCAGGAGCAGCCUUUGUCAAUUUACCAAUUCUUCACCUCGCCAACAUCGCAACCGAAAUAGCUACCACUUAUAAGCAAAUGUGCAUUGCUCUACCAGAUGCUGAUUCUUGCGCCAGUGGUGUGGAAAUAUGUGAGCAAAUAAGAAGCAUGAGCACUGAAGUACAGCCGGCCGUUGAAAGUGACAUCGUAGCUUGUGAAGAAAAUACCGUUGCUGAUGCUCCUUCAACAGCAGAAAAACACAUUGAUUCGCAUGCUUUUGGUGAUAGAGAGAUCAAGGGUCUAUCACCUAAAAUAAAAUUAGCAAGUACAGUUGAUGAAAUUGUGCAUCAGCCAUCACAGUCAUUGGAGAUGGUCACACAUUUGCCACUUGAACAAGUUGCUGUGGACUGUACAGGGACUAAUCCUGAGACUAAAGGCUGUGCUCCAACAGAACUGCCAGAUCAGUCACCAAUUGCGCUUGAGUGUUCCCAUAUAGGUGAGAAGUAUGACGAGGCAGAUGGAAAAAUCUCCAUGCUGGGACAAUCCAUUACAGAUGACAAACACAAUGUCUGUUCACCAACUGAUGCCCCAAAAAUUGUGACCACUUUAUCUUUACGUGAAUUUCGAAAUGUUUUCUCGCGUGAACCAACGAGUAGCAGUAACACGAAAAGUAACAGCUUUCUAGGAAAGUGCAUUGCAAAGGAUCCAGCCACAGAAACUGCCAGCGUCUCCUCCUUGACAUCGUUCCGUGCUACAAAUCCUGAUUAUUACAGUAUGUAUAAGCAUAUUUUGUCAGAGAGAAAGGACACCAAAACGCCCACUUCCCACGCUCAAAGCUGCUCACCAUAUCUCGCAUCGACCUCGAAUGCGACACAGCGGGACGCGCGUGUUGGGGACAAAAAAUAUUGGGGGGGUUGCGGUGAGUUGUCUCGCGCGGCCCCACAGAUCGCACAGCACAAGAACACCGCGGCAGUCACCUGUAGUGCUGCUGCUCACGAUACGCUUACGUCUCCCGCGGACGGUGUCACACAUCAAAGUACGAAAAGUAUCCUACGCAAUAACCUUUGGGCAACAUCCUCUUCAUCAAGCGCUGCUGUGAAACACCAGUUUAAUUCUGUUUCCCAGUUUUCUGUGCGCCCACCGCAAGGUCUUCCUGGAAACCAGCCACAGGGAAUUUUCCCGGGCGACGUGAUCAGCGGAGCCAAGCGGAAGAGAGAUUACAGCGGGGAAUGGAAUGCGAUUGUAGAGGCCUUUGACGUGGAACAGCCUUCGUCCAAGCGCGAAUCCGUUGGGAAGAAAUUACACGCCGCCUCUACACUGCACGCAACUGCUCCCGUGUGUGUGCAUCCUGGCCCCAGUGUGGGACUGAAGGCCAAACACAAUGUCACCGGCGUGGAACUGGUGGCUUUUUCCGAUGACGAAGAAGACAACUGGGCUAUAGGAAAUCAGAUCACAGACAUACAGAAAUUCUUAAAUGUGGACAGACUAAAACUAGCAAAGAAAUAGCAAAUAUUCUGAAGCUCAAAUAUACAAGUAAAACCAAGUUGCACUGCAUGUUCUUUACGCAUCAAAGUUGUUUUGAAAAAAAAAAGUAUCGUAAUCUUCCCAGCAUUGAGCUGGCAUAGCAUGGUGCUAUCUUAAUCAAAAGGUGUUUCAAAUAUUUUAAAUGUUUAUUGCUGUUAAACGUUAAGGUCUUAACUACAGUGUUUAAUACUAUCGUUUUAUUAUAGUAAUACAAUCAAAAAGUUCGCAAAUUGGUUAUGUUUUAUGUUCUACAAAUGCUUUUUGACAUGUUUAGGUAAUGUAAUCUAUGUAGUGCUUCAUUCGUCGUUUUAAACCACUACCAAUUGGGCAUGCUUGCUAUCUUAGUCACUGCUUAAACAAAAACUAUUUGACGUUGUGAUGUUUCAAAAGCUUUUUAGACUCUUUUGCAAUAGUCUACCUUAAUGGAAUGUUAAUGUUUUGGAUAAAUAUUUUAAAUACAUUUCCUAACACAAAUAGGGUGUCAAAUAAAACAAUGACACAUCGGAGCGGUGCUCAUAGAAGUGGAACUGGUAAUGUAAAUGGGAUGAAUUUCUUGUGCUUCACGAUUAGUCAUAUGAUUGAUUACCUUGUAAUUGCAUGAUUUGUCAGAAUAUAAAUUUGCAAUUCGAUCCAAGAAUCUAUUUUUUUCUCUACCAUUGUGUAUGUAUACAUCUCUAAUGGCUGCAGGGUUUACGUGAAGCAAUUGCAACAAAUGAGAAUUGAACAUACAAUUUGCAUAGGUUAUAACUUAUUCGAUUCGAUGCGUGUACCAAGAGUGUAAGAAUCAUCAUUUCGUCAGGAAUUGAUGCGUCUCUACAUGCUUAGUUAAACGUUGUUUAAUGAGCUUCAAAACCUCUGCUGAAGUUACAGUGCAAUGAUGGCUUUUGACAUUCUGUCAAAACACUGCACUAUAUUAAUCCGUGUCACAAUGUAAAUGGGUGCCCUGCACACCACGUUCCGGGCACUCUUUUAGGGAUGUACAAGACUAUAUCUUCCACACUGGCUGCAUGAUUUGGAGUAGGUCAUGUUGCUUGAAUAAAAUGUCAUUUACUUCA